AUGGCGCUCGACGUCCCGAUAAGACGCGUCGUCGUGGUCAAACUCGGCGGCGCCGCGAUCACGGAUAAGCGCUCGAGUCGUAAGAUCGAUGCGCCGGGGUUACGCGCGUGCGCGAGCGUCGUGAGAGAGGCGACGGCGCGUGGAGAGACUUUGAUCGUCGCGCACGGUGCUGGGUCGUUCGGACACGCGGAGGCGGCGGCGUGCGGGUGCGCGCGCGGAGGCGAUGUAGAAGACGAGACGUUCGCGCGCGGCGUCGAGGCCACGCGCGCGGCGGUUCGAACGCUGAACGGAAUCGUGGUCGAUGCGCUACGCGAGAACGGUGUGCGGGCGGUGGGGGUGACGCCGAGCGAGGUGGGAUGGCACACGCGCGGGAGAGGCGCGGAGGCGGAGGCGUCGACGAGCGGACGCGGCGGCGUGUUCGAUUUGUUACGAGACGGUGCGGUUCCGGUGAUUCACGGCGACGUCGUGAUCGAUGACGUGCAGGGAACGUCGGUUUUGAGCGGUGAUGACAUCGUGGCGUGGUGCGCCCGGUGGGCGAUCGAGGAUGGAUUCGCCGCGCGCGCUCGCGUGGUGUUUCUGAGCGACGUCUGGGGCGUGUACGCGUCGCCGCCUCGAUGCGCUCCGAUCACCAAUCCGAGCGACACUAGCGCGCUUACGAUCGCGCCCGGUGAAGAUGCCGUGCUCCUUCGGGAGAUCGUCGUCGACGGCGACAGCGAUGACGGCGACGCGUCGCCCGCGUGGCGGUGCGUCCGCGCGGCGCCGCUCGUCGAUCCUCGUCGAGACGCUCCGCUGGACGCCGUCCCUUCCGCCACGUUUAAAACCGCCGACGGCGUCACCGAUGUCACGGGUGGGAUCGAAGCCAAAUUGGGCGCCGCAUUGGCGAUCGCGCGCGCGCUUCCGGGCGCGUCGCCAUCCGUCUUUCUCACCCGCGCCGGCGUCUUGACCGCCGCCGACGACGCGCGCGACCACGCGUUGGACGCCGUCCUCGGUCGCCCCAAUCGCACCGACGACUCAAAAUUCCCUUUCGUCGGCACCGUCGUUCGCACCGAUCGUCAACGCGAAUCAUCGUAG